AUGCUUGCAGGGUUUGACUCGCCCGGGGAGUCAGCGGCUAAGAAAGAGGCCGCUGCCGGCCCACCGUGGCUUCAACUUCAUGAGCCUCAAAACGCCCCCGCCUGUCAGUUCGACUUCCCUGGACGAUCUGAGUGUGAGGCGCUCAGCUGCAGUCGGCCUCAGGAUGAGUUUCCUGUGGAGGUGUUCAGAGGAAUGUGUCACGCCUCAGCAGCUUAUUUAAUUCAUGAUCUGAACACAGAGAACGGCUGGGUCCUGGAAUCCGUUUCUCAUUCUCUGAAAGUAUCAGCGAGGGCAGCUGUAAGAAAGAUUCUUUUUGAAACACUCAAUGGUUUGAGUUUCAAAGAGCUCGAGAAAUUCAAGUUUUUGCUGCAGUUCACGUACUUCCAGAAGAGCCUCCCACAAAUCUCAGAGAGGCAAAUGCUGUUUGCACACAGUGCAGAAGAGCUAGUGGAUCUGAUGGUGGAGAACCUGGUGGAGAACCAGCAGUCUGUGGAGGUGACCAAGGAGGUUUUCAUGGACAUGGACAGGACUGAUCUGGUGCAGAGAUUGUCAGAGACCAGCUCAGGACUCAAAGAAGGGCCUUCAGGAAGCCUGGAGCUUAAGGGUUGUGGCAGCAGUACGCAGGACUCCAGUGACUGGACUAAACUUGAACCUGAAGUGAACAGUACAGAUGCAGAUGAGGCUCCAUUUUACAGCCUACAGACGGAAGCAGGAAAGUUUGAAUGCAGUGUCUCUGGGUUGCGCUGGUUAUGUAAGGAAAAGGUCAGCUUUAAGUACCAGUUUUGCUCUUGGGAGGAACACAUAGAGAGGAUGGAAAGCAUCCAAUACAUGCCUGCAGGUCCCCUAAUUGACAUCACAGUCAGUGCUGGAAGGUUGGAUGAAGUGUACCUGCCACACUGGAUCUGCACAGGUAAGUGGACAUGAAGACAAUAAUAAAAU